AUGGCUGAUUGGGUUGAUGCAUUCGAUGAGCAGUGUCGAUCGGAAGGCCUUGAAGUGCCAGAAAAGGUGGUCUAAUUGUGUUUGUGUCGCUGUGUUCCGUCAUUGUUUGUCCGUCCGUGUUGUUUCGCGGGUCUUUUUCCCGCACUGUACAAUUGCUCUUUGCUUCUCCCACUCACAUAUAACUCAUGCCCUUUUUCCUGUGUCUGUGCUUGCAACCCGAGUGCAAUAAUUGUCAGAAAGCACCAUUUUUACAACAACUGAAUUUUCAGGUUGAAGAAGAACAAUCAAACGCGACAAUGGAACAAAAAGAAGAGAAAAAACGUGAGAAAAAAAGAUUGUCCAAACCAAAAUCGAGUCGUUUCAGUUAUGAAGUAUGGCGGGCGAUUUGGAUCAUCCGCGAUUUUGUUGCCGCCUCCGCCGCCGCCGCAGACUUCGUUUGGAGCCGUUUCCGGCAUAAGAGCCGGAGGUAAGUAUCCCCGCUUCAAUCAGUUACGCUUCCUUUCUCGAGUGUGAUGUGUCUUUCUUUUUCUCCUUUUGUUGCCUUUUCCCUAUCGCUUUUUUUAGGUUCGUUUGGCAGUCAAUGUAGUCCGGACGGCCGAGGAACUCCGUUGGGAUCAACUGAAGACACACUUGGAGGUAACAUCAUCUCUGUCGGGAUCCGCAGAGACAAACCCGCAUGCACGUUCACUCGAGGUGGUGGUUUUGGCUUUAACCGCAGCAUGAAACCUAGCACACCAACAUCGUUCAAGACUAACCACGAAGGCGGACGUUUUGGGACGUUGGCUCCUAAAGAUUUUGGAGGAACAAUUACUUCAAGCGCGCAUGAUGGCUCAGAAGAAGAAAGGACUGUCGGUGGACGCUUUGGAGCAUCUGCGAGCAUGGGGGACACCAUCGGAUCUCUGAAAACUACGUCAUCCACAACCAGUUCCCUUGGUGGUCCUUUCGACAGACUCAACGCCUCAAAAUCUUCAAGUACCGAUAUGGAAAGUACUCCGCUGUCUUCUGGGGACUCUUCUGUUGGAAUUAACAGAACUGCGUCAACUGUUGGAGGCAGUUUCGGAUCCGCAAAAUCUACAAUCGGAAGUGCAGUAGGCGCUUUCGGGGAAGGAUCUUCCGAUCAAAAAACAGUGACUUCUUCCAGUUUCCUAGUCAAUUCCCCGUUAUCCGGAGAUUCUGUGCCAUCGGUCGGUGGCUCAUUCGGCUCUGGAAGAGUUGGUGGAGCAUUUGGAGCAAGAUCUACCUGUCAGGAGCCAAUAACAUCUCCGAAUGCCCAAGCCGAAUUGAAAACACAACAAACAGAAUCUCCACGCUUCGGAGGUGCAUUUGGAGCAUCCAGAGCUGUCACUUCUCCUCCAUCUGUCGGGAGAGCUUGUGAACCAAUUUCAACUGUCCCAGCUAUCUCUCUGUUUACUCCGGAAACAAAGUCUUCGGAAGUUUCUAUCGGAGGAUCGUUUGGGUCAUCGAGAUCUGAAUCUCCGAGCGUCGGAGGUGCAUUUGGCUCGGAGCCAAUUACAUCGGCGACACUGCAGUCGUCGAGAAUGUCCAUCGGCGGAGCUUUCGGAUCAUCCAGACUUUCGCAGGCUAUCGAUUCUCCACCAUCUGUAGGAGGAUCGUUCGGCGGCAGACAAAAGUCAAUCCCGGAUGUCCCUGAUUUCUCUGUCCCACCACCGGUCAUCGCAAAUCAAUCAUUCGGAGAAUCGCUCGUAAUAGAAGAGACGAAAACAGCCGGAGGAGCAUUCGGAUCAGCCAGAGCGGGAUUCACAAGUAGCAUCACUACGAUCGGCGGGACCUUUGCAUCUCGAACCGAUACUUCAACAUCGGCCUUCGCAAGAUCGCCUGCAUCGAAUGUCUGUCCUUUCGGAAGCGCUGUUUUCAACACACUAUCAGAGUCGCCAAAGCCGUUCGGAGGCGGAUUCAGAUCGAAGGAAAACCAAGACCCUAAUUCGAACCACAGAGGAUUUCCAGUCGGAUCUGCAGAGAAUGUCGGCGGAAGUUUUGGUAGAAGAUUCAAGACACCUGAGCAUUUGGAGCUGAAUUCGGAUGAUGGCACGACUCCAGACUUCGAUAAGGUUUCUGCUGAAUUUCCGAAACCGGAGGAGACGAAUGGUUUGUGGGGAACUACUCAGAAAGCCCCUGCUAACUUCGAUAAAUUGCACGCGUUGCACCUUUUUUUGCAUGUCUAUAGCUUUCCCAAUUAGUUCUGCACAUUCACUUAUUUACCUUACCUCUAACGCCCGCUAACUCUUCUUUUUCAGCACCUUUCAUGUCUGUUCAAUCACCGCCGAUGAGAGGAGGAUUCCAGGGAGGGUUCAGGUGAGAAUAUGAGAGAAUUUAUCUCUGACAAUCAAUGAUUAAUGUUGCAGAGGAGGAAGAGGUUCCGGAGGGCAAAUGGAUUACGGCGGCGCUCAAGGACACUGUCAGUAGUUUUAUUGAUUUCUCCCUGAUCAUUGUGAGCUCGACAGAAGUAUGUCAUUUUCAGCAAUGGGACGAGGGAGAGGACAGCCAACUCAGCCGUUCGUUCCCCAACAGAGAGGGACUCCACCGCCUUUCAGUGGUCACCAACAGUCUCAAACAGUCAUUCCGGUCAGUUUACUUAGACUGUCUCAAAUGAAAUGCUCUCAUUUCAGGAUCCAAAGUACAAGUACACGAAAGCACAAGAAGAAUCCCAUGAAAAGGCACCGAUCCCGGCUGAUAUCGCUCUUCUGAACAAAUACAUUCAAAAGGAAGUGAAAAUGAUGAAGGAUACAGUGGUCGACGUGCAGAGACAGGAUCCAAAGUCGCCACUCUAUUCAAUUUCCUCUUUCCGUGAGCUGCGGCUCAAACCAGAAGUUCUCCAGGCUCUCGACUCGCUCAACUUCCAGUUCCCAACUCGAAUUCAGGAGACUGCACUUCCACUUCUUCUUAUGGAGCCGUAUGCUAUUAAUAUCCGUUUCCAACACAAAUUGUCUGUUCAGGCCUUCUAAUCUGAUUGCUCAAGCUCAAUCUGGAACAGGAAAGACGGCGGCGUUCGUGCUCACAAUGCUCUGCAGAAUCGACGUGAAUCUGAAGUGUCCACAGUGCAUUUGCCUCGCGCCGACUCUAGAAUUGGCAAAGCAGAUUGGAGAAGUAGUGGAGAAAAUGGGAAGGUUCAUGGAGAAUCUGAAUAUUCAUUACGCAAUCAAAGGAGGAAAUAUGGCCGCGAUGAGGGGCCGGAAGCUCACCGAGCAGAUUGUUAUCGGAACUCCGAAAGUUGUAAGUGGAAGAAGUUGGGAAGACAUUUUAUGACUAUGAACACAUCAUUUCAGACUCUCGACUACCUGCAAAAGUACCACUGCAUCGAUCCGAAGAUGAUCAGAUGCUUAGUUCUCGAUGAAGCAGACGUCAUGAUCUACCAUCAGGGAUUCACAGACAUAUCAACUAGUAUCUACAAGUGAGCUGACUUUCUCGUCUUCUUGAAAAACGAAUAAUGUUUUAGUAUGGUCGAAGAGGCUUCCGAUUCGGUUCAAUCUAUGCUGUUCUCGGCCACCUACGACGCGCCAGUCAUCAGUUUCGCCACCAAAAUCAUCAAGAAUGCGAUAGUUGUCAUGUAAGCUUCCGUCCCCAUUCUGUCCUUCUACUUCUUUCACAUGUUUGCUCACGGAUGAGUAAUAUUGUCCCUUCCCAGUAGGAGGUCCCUGCUUCUUCCCCUCAAGCACCAUUGUGUUGUCCUAAAAUCCAAAACAAACUUGCAGGCUGAAACGGGAGGAGCAGGCCCUGCCGAACAUCAAGCAGUUCUACGUGCAGUGCGCGUGCAGAGAUUCCAAAUAUGCGGUGAGUACGAGGUUUGCCGCCUAGCUCACUCCUCCUUUGCAGGCCAUUGUCAACCUGUACAGUGGACUAGCCGUCGCCUCAUCUGUCAUUUUCUGUCACACAAAGGCCAGUGUCAUGUGGUUGUUCGAGAACAUGAAGGCCCGCGGACACCAGGUCGACGUGCUGCACGGAGACAUGACUGUCGUCGAGCGAGCCGAUACGAUCAUCCGAUUCAAGCGCGGCGACUUCAAAGUGCUCAUCACGACAAACGUGUUCGCGCGAGGAAUUGACGUGGCGCAGGUGUCUGUAGUGAUAAACUACGAUCUUCCGAUCAAGUACACCGAAAUGGACACGCCGCUGGUCAUCGACGGGUUCACGCAGCCCGACUGUGAGACCUAUCUGCAUCGCAUCGGAAGAACGGGUCGGUUCGGAAAGACGGGAAUUGCCAUCAACUUCAUUGAUUCGGAAAAUUCGAUGAACAUGAUAAAUGUGCUCGAGAAUCACUUCCGUAAGCUCCGCCCUUUUUUUCAGUUCUCACUAUAACUUUAUGGUUUCAGAAAUGAAAAUCGCUCGAAUGGAUCCGUCGAAUCUGGUGGAAUUGGAAGCGAUCGAAAUGGCAUAA